AUGGAUACGAAACAAUUGGCACUCACCGAAACUGCUGGCAAAGUUAUUUCUCAUGAUGUUGCCACUGGUCAGGUGGUCGACUUGGCCGUCCUGGGGCUCCAAGAGGAGAUCAAACGUGACAUUGGGACCUUCGAUCUCCUUUGUUUGGCUUGGAAUAUUUCCAACUGUUGGGCUGGUGUCUCCGCUACCAUCGCUCUUGGAAUUACCCAAGGGGGCACUGUUACCAUGAUCUACGGAAUACUCAUAGUUGCUCUCUUCAUGGGCGGCACCAUCUUAACUCUGGCUGAGCUGGCAAGCGUUUACCCAACCGCUGGUGGUCAGUAUCAUUGGACAUCCAUUUUAUCGCCACCCAGUAUCAGCAAAGGCCUUAGUUAUCUUUGCGGAGCCUCCAAUGUCUGUGGCUGGGUUUCCCUCGGCGCCGGGACCGCCAUCAUUCCAGCCCAAAUUGUCUUCAGCAUGGUGGUCUUCUUUCAUCCGGAUUUCGAAUCCAAGCCAUGGAUGAUCUUUCUCAUCUAUCAGGGUGUCAAUUUUGUACUUGCUCUCAACAAUAUCUACGUUCAGAAACGUGCAAGUUGGAUCCACGACAUUGGUCUCUUUAUAUCGGUCUCUUUCUUUCUGAUUAUCCUUAUUACCUGCCUGGCCAGGACUCCAAAAUUUCAGACCAACGAGUUUGUUUGGACUACCUGGGUUGAUUACUCCAAUUGGAAUGCUCCAGGUCUUGUGUUCUUCUUUGGAGUCGUCAAUCCGAUGUAUAUGUUCGGCGGAAUUGAUGGCGCAUUACACCUCGCCGAGGAAUCCCCGAAUCCAUCCGUCGGUGUUCCAAAGGCCAUGCUAUGGACUCUCAUCAUUGGCGUUGGGUCAACUUUCCCGUUCAUAAUUGCGAUGCUGUACUGCAUCAGCGAUUUGACCGCCGUUCUCGAGACUCCCACAGGACAACCAAUCUACGAGCUAUGGUAUCAGGCAACAGGUUCCAAGGCUGCUGCAACCGUGUUUAUGUUUAUUUUACUCAUCGGCGGAUUCUUCGCCAUGAAUGGUUGCCAGCAGACGGCAUCGCGUCUGACUUGGGCUUUUGCCAGAGACAACGGCCUUGUCUUUUCCAAACAUCUUGGCCGGGUAUCCAAGAGGUUACAGGUCCCUGUAUGGGCAAUCAUCGUCAAUGGUGUGGUCGUUUUCAUCAUGGGCUGUAUCUACCUCGGAUCAAGCACCGCAUUCAACGCUCUGAUUGGAACCGGUCUCGUCAUUGGGCAAUUCACCUACGCAAUUCCAGCUGCGCUGCUGCUUUACCACAAGCGUUCUUCUGCCGUUCUGCCACCUGGACGAUACUUCAAGCUCCCUGGUGUCUUUGGUUGGAUCUGUAACAUCUUGACCGUCACUUGGGCGGUGAUAGUGCUCAUCUUCUUCGACUUUCCAACUUCACUGCCUGUGACCGGAUCGACAAUGAAUUAUACUUGUGUGGUAUUAGGGUGCAUGGCAUUCUUCGGACUGAUCAACUGGUUCGUUCAUGCAAAGCGCCACUACCACGGACCGCGGCUUGGGUCACACCUGCAUUACAACGAAGAGCACACUGGGAACUCUAUGGAGGAGCGUCACGAAGAUUGA